AUGUGGAGACAGGUGAUAACCCGAUUCGGCAUCCCGGAAGUCGUUAUCUCUGAUAACGGGACGCAGUUCACUGACAAGAAGUUCGUGGAGUUCCUCGCCGGUUUGGGUGUAAAGAAAAAGUUCUCAUCCGUAGAACAUCCUCAGAUGAACGGCCAAAUCGAGGCCGCAAACAAGGUCAUCUUGCUGGGCCUCAAAAAAAGGCUCGAUAACAAAAAGGGCGCAUGGGAUGACGAACUCGCAUCAGUUCUUUGGUCUUACCGAACGACCGAGCAGUCGUCCACAGGAGAAACCCCUUUUCGCUUAACGUAUGGAGUGGAUGCUAUGAUACCCGUGGAGAACGGCGAGCCGAGCCCACGACUACUUCUGAAAGGAGUGGAGGAAGCUGUAGAAAAGGACCUAGUGGAUGAGGCUAGAGAGAUGACCCAUUUGUCAGAGAUAGAGCUAAAGCAAAGAAUGGCCCUGCGUUAA